AUGAGCUUGAGCGGGUCGCGGCCGCUGCGGGGCGGGUGCCAAUGCGGCCGGAAUCGUUACAUCAUUGCCAUUCCGGAGAACGGCAUUCAGGAGGCGCAGGUCUUGUUCAACACUGAACCACAGCAUCAAAUCCCCCUGGCGACGCCGCUGGCCGCGUACAUCCGGGUGCCGCUCUCAUGGUACCACAGCACCACCUACGCCUUCUUCCCCGACGAGACGCACGCCAUGAUCCGGCGGGUGUACACGCACCCGAGCCAGGACUACUCCAAACGCCACUUCUGCGGCUUCUGCGGCACGCCCCUGUCCUACUGGUCCGAGGAGCCGCGCAGCGAGGCCGACUUCAUCAACCUGACGCUGGGCAGCCUGCUGCGCGAGGACAUUCGCGACCUCGAGGACCUGGGCCUGAUCCCCGACGACGACAUGGAGCCGGCCGACCAGCCGCCGGCCAACAAGCGGAGCGCCGCCCUGCGCCAGUCGUUUGGCGUGCCCUGGUUCGAGACGCUGAUUGAGGGCUCGCGCCUGGGCAGCAUGCGCCGGAGCUACGGCGCCCAGCGGUCGCGCGACGGGCAGGCGAGCAUCGAGUGGGAGAUUGUCGAGUUUUCGGACGGCGGCGGAGAGAUGGACUUGGGGGGAGGGGAUGACGACGCGGCGCUGCAGCAGACGGGCAAGAGGAAGCAUCACGAGGUUUCACGGGGCGUUUGA